AUGAAUUCUACACGAAUUAAAAUCACUCCAACAGACCUCAAUCAGCAAAUUACUAUUUCAUUCUUUGGAAUUCAAAUGUCAUAUCAUAAAUCAAUCGAAACUUUUUCUAUUCAUUCUUAUGGAAUUUUUUCCACAUUAAGAAAUUUCAAAACAAAUAUUACGAUUUCACCAAAUCAAUUACUUCAUAUGUGCGCUCAAAAUGAUAUUCCACUAAAAUUUACUAUUAAAGAAGAAAAUUUUCUAGUUUCUGCCUUUGUAAAUAAUGGUUAUAUAAUUGAAAGUGGAGAAAAUAUCUCCAGCGGAAACAUUAUUUACCUAUCUAUUGUCCCAAAUUUUACAACUGAAGGAGUGUCAUCAAAAAGUUUAGAGAUUAAUUGUGAAACAAAUUCAUCUGCUCCGGUCUUGGAAGGAUUUUCAAAUCCUUUUGGAGAUGAUAUUUUCUAUAUUCUUCCAGAGGAAGGAGCUUACACACUUGAUCAAAUUAAAGCAUAUUCAAGAGAUCAUCAAAAUAUCUUCACAAACUGGCCAGGUGAAACAUUUUUACCUGAUAAUUUACCGUGUGAUGAAAUAAUAAAAAUGGAUAUUAUCAGUAAGAUUGUUACAAUUGGCGCUGGCAAGUCUGUAUGCACACAAGGAAGUUUUGUUUAUGCAUCAAAAGACAAAUUCAAAGCUACAGUUCACAAUUUGUCAAAUCCACAAGAGAAACCAGUAGAAGUAGAGAAUCCAUUCAGUGUUGCAGGAAAUUAUUUAAGCGUUAUAAAUUGUUCCGAUUCAACAAAGGAAUGUAAAGUCCAUGUUAUUUCGAUUAAUCAACCUCAAUCUACAAAUGAAGGAACAUUGAGUUCUGUUUUCACAACAAAGAAUUCUCUCAACAUGAAAGAAAAGCUUCAGUUUACGAAACAAUCAUCGAAAUCAUUGAUACUUCAAUCACAUAGUACACAAAAUAAAGAAAUAGAAGUCACCACAGAUCAUGAAAAAGUUAUCGGCGUUCUUCGUAACAGUGCAGGUGAAUCUGGUGAGAAAAAGCUCAAAGGAAAAACGAUCUGGGCAACAUUAAAUCCAGAUAUGGAAGGAGAACCAGGUGAAGUCAAUGUUGAAAUCAAUAUUAACAAAGUAAAGGAAUCAACAGAAGAGGCAGAAGAAUCUCUUUUCCCAGAUGAUAUUCUCUUCGAUAUUCCUAUUGGAGUUAAAACAGAGGAAGAACUGAAAGAGAACACCAGAAACAGCAGUUUAAAGAGUGUUGCCAAUAAUGGUGGUCUUGGCACUGGAGCAAUUGUAGGAAUUGUAAUUGGUGUUAUUGCUUUUAUUGCAAUCAUCUGUAUUCUCGUUUGGUUCUUUGUUUUUAGGAAGAAGUCUAAAAACAACGAAUCAGGAUCAGGCGAAAAAGUCUAA